GCAAGGCAUUCUGGGAUAGCCAGCGGCCAUUUUGGAAAUCUUUUGAGUUUUUCUUCUCUUCUUGUCAAAGGUUUUACUCUCUCACCAAAAUGCAGGUCGGUAGUGAAUCGUACUACGGAGGAAAUCCCAAACAGACUUAUUUUAGUCCCUAUGCAUUCAAUGGAGGCACGGUUUUAGCCAUCUCUGGUGAAGACUUUGCCGUUAUUGCAUCUGAUACAAGAUUGAGUCAAGGGUUUCAGAUCCACACUAGAGACAGCCCAAAGGUCUAUAAAUUGACAGGCUCAACAGUGUUAGGAUGCUCAGGUUUCCAUGGUGACUGUCUCACACUGACAAAACACAUCUCAGCAAGAUUACAGAUGUAUGAGCAUGAUCAUGGCAAAGCAAUGAGUUGCACUGCUAUUGCUCAGAUGCUGUCAACAAUGCUGUACUACAGACGAUUCUUUCCCUACUACACUUAUAACAUUCUGGCUGGCUUGGACUCUGAGGGCAAAGGGUGCGUGUUUAGCUUUGACCCUGUGGGAUCCUACGAACGUGAGGUGUAUCGCGCUGGCGGAUCAGCAUCUGCUUUGUUGCAGCCUUUACUAGACAACCAGAUUGGAUUCAAGAACCAAGAAGGAGUCCCACAUACCCCUCUGACCAGAGACAAGGCUGUUGCGCUAGUAAAGGACGUCUUCACCUCAGCAGCUGAGAGGGAUAUAUACACAGGAGAUGCCGUUAUUAUAAAUGUCGUCAGUAGUGAGGGAGUCAGUGAGGAGGCGUUCCCUCUGAGGAGAGACUAGAUCAUGCCAAUGCCCUACUUGUAUUUACAACACUGUGCUUUUUUUUCCAUUACACUCCCUGGCUGACAUAGUUUCUAACCUUCACUCGCUUGCUUGGAUGGGAAGUGGUUAUAGUAGUGGUUAUAGUAGUGGUUAUGGAGAAAAGGGGUCCAAGCAUUGACGUUCCUGAAGUCAAGUUCUUUUUGAUGCACCUGUGCAGGAUGUGGGAUGACAGCUUUACAGCUAAAAGCACCAUUUCUGUAUUUUUGUUGGAGGCAAAACAUGUCACUAACUCGAAAAUAUGUGUAUAACAUUUAUGGAAAACAGAAUAAAAUAAAAAGAAACAACCACA